GCCUCUAAAUUCCUGACAGCGUCCACCAAAAAUGACACUUUUCUAAGGUUAUGUGUUCAAAUUUCUGUUUUUUGUGAUGGCAUUUUCCGACAAAGUCCUGGACUUAUUUCAAAAUUUCUACAAAGCAAAACUACUCCAACUGACGCACUUCCUCAAAGACAUCCGUCACAGUUUCCGUUUUUACGCUUCGGCCCGUCCCGAAUUUGACUUGAUAGUGAUUGGGGGCGGUUCCGGGGGCCUAGCUGCGGCGAAAGAAGCUGCAGAACUUGGCGCCAAAGUGGCAGUGUUUGAUUUCAUCGUCCCAUCAGCUAGAAGCCUAAAAUGGGGCCUUGAAGGCGAAGCUGUUCAGGAUGCUCGCAGCUACGGCUUCCAGUUCCCCAAAAUGGAGAGUCUCAAACACAACUGGAAGGGCUUGCGAGAAACGGUCCAAAAUCACAUCAAAAGUAUAAACUGGGUGACGAAAAUUGAACUGAGGGAUAAGCGCGUGGAGUAUAUUAACUCCAUGGGGGUGUUCCAUGACCCGUACACAAUCGAAGCGAAAAUUAAAAACGAAUGGAAGACUUUCAAGGCUAAAUAUUUCUUGAUUUCGGUUGGGGGGCGGCCGAAAUAUCCGGAUAUUCCGGGCGCGGAAUUGGGGAUUUCCAGUGAUGAAGUUUUCGGUUUAGAAAAUGCUCCGGGCAAGACUUUGAUCAUCGGUGCUGGUUAUGUGGGUGUGGAAUGUGCAGGGUUUUUGAAAGGUUUGGGGUACGAUAUCACUGUCAUGGUUCGUUCGGUGGUUUUGCGAGCGUUUGACCAACAAAUGGCCAAGCUUGUGACUGAAUCAAUGGUGGCAAAAGGAGUCAGAUUUCUUCACAAGUGCGUACCUACAAGUAUUGAAAGAAGUAACGGAAAAAUGCUGCUUGUUAAAUGGAUUGAUGAAACACGUGAAGAAGGAUGCGAUGAAUUCCAAACUGUUCUUUUUGCCAUCGGACGGGAAGCUUGCAUCCGGGCUCUCAGAUUGGAUAAAGCCGGGGUUAGUGUUGUUGCUGACGGUGACAAAAUCGAGACAAUUAAUGAACAAACCAACGUCCCACACAUUUAUGCCGUUGGUGAUGUUUUGUACAAGAAACCUGAUUUGACUCAAGUGGCCAUACAUGCCGGCAAACUCUUAGCUAGACGAUUAUUUGCCAAAAGUACGGUACUGAUGGACUAUGAUAACAUCGCAACUACUAUUUUUACUCCUCUGGAAUACGGCAGUGUGGGUUUAUGUGAAGAAACAGCAAUUGAAAGAUACGGCGAAGACAAUAUUGAAAUUUAUCACGCUUAUUACAAACCGACUGAGUUUUUUAUUCCACAAAAAACCAACGCUCAUUGUUACCUAAAAGUCGUAGCGAAAAGAGGCAACCAACAAAAGGUUCUAGGUAUGCAUUUUGUUGGACCUCAGGCAGGGGAAGUCAUACAGGGAUUUUCUGCAGCGAUCAAAUGUAACCUGACUGUGGAUAAUCUGAGAAAUACGGUUGGGAUCCAUCCUGCUAUUGCCGAGGAGUUCAGCAGGAUUAAUCUGACAAAGAGGCUGGCCAAAGACCCGUUUCCAGUCGCUUCUAACAGUUAAUAUUUUUUCAAAUUUGUAUUUAUUUUGAUGUGGAUAAAAUUAAACGUAUGGCAAUUUU